AUGGAUGCAGACGUGGGCAGUGGCUGUGGAGAAAAAAACUGUGGCCUCACAUCCGGCUUUCCGGAGGACUGCUCCAAACAGGAGUGCCACUGGGAGGAACCUAUGUUUGGACUGAUUGAAUUAGUGUGCGUGACUGUGAUUUACAUCCCACUGAUGUUAUUUGGCCUCCUGGGAAACAUACUAACAAUUUUGGUGGUUUGGCUGCGUCCACAUAUGAGAACCUCCACCUACCUCUACCUGAGCAGCAUGGCUGUGAGUGAUCUGCUGAUACUCCUGCUGCUGCCUCUGGAUUUAUAUAAGCUCUGGAGGCCCAGACCCUGGCCCUUAGGAGACCUUGCCUGUAAGCUGACUAUGUUCCUCUCAGAGUGCUGCACCUUCUGCACCAUCCUCCACAUCACCUUUCUCUCCCUGGAGAGGUACCUGGCAGUCUGCUGGCCGAUCACAGCCAAGACAUUAGUGACACGGCGCAGAACGCGGACUAUCAUCGGCUGCCUCUGGCUGGGUGCAGCUGUGAGUGCUGCGCCAGUGCUGGUCAUGGUUGGAGUGGAGGAAGUCGGAGGAGAGGAGCUCGGACUCAUCCAAUGGAAGGAAGAUGGAGGGUGGACCGGCAGGGAAAGAGAUCAGGGAGGUUUUAUGAUAGGUGGAGGAGAAAAAGAAAGUGGACACAUGAUGAUGUUGGAUGCAAGAUUAGAGGAAGCAAAGUGGGGUGAAAAAGAGACAAAGGGUUGGGGGGAAAGAGUAGGUGAACUGAAAUGGAUUGGAGAAGAAGUGGAGGGCAAAAUUGGAGAAGAUGGGAGGGAGGGAGAAGGAAACAUGGGAUUUGAGGGAGAGCAGCAAAACAAAAAGGAAGACGAAGGAGGAGGAAAGGAUGGCGGCACCGAUGAAGCUCGUGGAGUAGAAACUGACAAGAGAGAGUGCCGCUGUACACAUUUCGCCAUCUCCUCUGGUCUGUUGUCGGCCAUGAUGAUUCUGUCCAACUUGUACUUCCUGGUACCCCUCUGCAUCCUGGGACUGGUGUAUAGUCUGAUUGGACGCACACUGUGGCUCCGCCCAAAAAGCAGUCGUCGAGACCAGAGUCACCGGAACACUGUCAAAAUGCUGGGAGUGAUAGUCUUGGCGUUUGUCUUAUGCUGGCUGCCCUUCCAUGUUGGACGGACUAUAUUUUCUCUUUCUCUGGGUGCUGGAACCGAGAUAUACUAUCUGUCUCAGUAUUUUAAUCUUGUGUCCUCCGUGCUCUUCUACCUCAGUGCCGCUGUCAAUCCUUUAUUGUACAACCUAAUGUCUGCCAGAUACAGACACGCUGUGCACAGCCUCAUACACACACAAUCCCACACACAGGCUCGUCGCCUGCAAACACUCACGGUGCACCACUCCACAACCACUUUGUGA